CCAUGAACAAUUUAUAGUGGUGUGUAACCGGCUUGUCCAAUCGAGCGCACCUUCUCAAUGGCGGCGCCCAUGAGUAACGGAAAUCAACACAUAGUUUCUUCGCCAGAUUCAUUUCCCGUGCGGACCAAACAGUGUGCUGUAGAGAUAAACAAUCAUAAAACAGAGCUGCUGUGUUCACAGUUUGGGGACAGGACUUUCCUUGUAGUCACACAGUACAACAAAGUUGGAACACUUGUAUCGGUCACUAAUGCCCGAGUGACAGAUGCCACUGGUGCUACAGCGUCCAUGCCUAACAUUGAUGUUCUCAUGGGAAAUGACCAGCCAAUGACACAUGUUGUUGCCAGGAAUCUAAUUACCCAGAUACCGCUGUCCAAGCCCAUACUGUUGUCUAUCGCUCUGAAGGAUAACAGCCCUAAAACAGUGAAGGCUAUUGCCAAGAUCCUUCCAACAUUGAUGUAGAAUUGGAUCCUGAUUUCCCAGACUGUUGACUGUCUCAACAGGGUUAACGGCCCAAAGACCGAAGAUUGCAAAGAUUCAUCCAACACUGAUGAGACUAAUAUUUGGCAACAUUGACUGUCACACCAACAACAUUCUCCAUGAUUGUUCGUUAUUGCCAAGAUAUUUGAAACAUUGAUUUAAAGAUACAGCUGAAAAUAUAUAAGUGAAUUACUGUGUAUUUCUUAGGAAGGAAAUGCAAUUGUGCUGUUCAAUACCUUGAAUUGCAUACUGUUUUGUAUAUGUUUGUUUUCAAGUGUGGUAAAGCACAAAAGGUAUAUAAGUCAAUAUGGAUGAAAUAGGAGUGAAAAGUGGUGCUCCAACAUUUAUAGAAGAGAUUCUGGAAGAGUCUAUGAACACUGACCUAGAGGGUCACUCUGUGUGUGUUAUAGGCCGUCUGUCGGACCAUGACGUAGAUUCUUGCUCUGCAAGAGUAACGGACCCUCUUUCAAAACAAGAUCUUGUGGUUGAUACAUCCCUCAUUGAACCAUUCGGGGCCAGGUAUGGUUCCCUAUUCCAGUUUAUUGGAGAGCUUGGUACUGGGGAACAGGAUGGCAGCUCUGGUGUAACAUUAAAUGGAGGUAGCUCUGUAGUGCUGAAGGCAAGAGUUGUUCGCUGUGUCGAUGGUAUAGAUAUGACCAUGUAUAGGAAAGCUAUCAUGCUUCAGAGGGACUUUCUUAACAGGAAGACUUGAUCAACAUUUUUGCCUUUGAAAUACGUAACAAACAAUGAAUCAAAAGUUUGUACUGCAUGAAACAAUCAUCUGAGAGUUUGUACACACAUUGGGAAACUACAUGAAGCCAUCCAAUAUUCCAGAUAAUGAAAUAAAUCAUAAUUACUCUGCUCUGUUUUCGGAAAAACUUCCUCGCCUUAUUUUCUACCAGUCAUGACAUCAGCUAAAGAUGUUAAAGGUCUCCGCUGAAGAUAAAUCUAUUUGUCUUUUUGGGGAUUUAAAGUUGUUUUUUAGUAAUUAUUCAAUCAUUUUGUUUGAUAUUUAUGAAAUUAAAAACUGCAUGUAACUCAAUAAACUUGCAAGUGCA